UGCAACCGUGCGUUGCAACCUUUGCAACCAACUUCUCAAGCGAUAAAAUACCCAAAUUACGUCGUUCCACUCGGAAACUUUGUGAUAAUCCCCCUCGAAUCGUUUUUAUCUGCGUUUUUCAUGUUGAAGACACCGCUAUCGCUCCGAUCCUCGUAAAAACGGCGCCCGGCUUUUCCUCGUGCACCCAUCAACCACCUCUUGUCAAACCAAUCAAAAUGGCGGACCCAGGUUACAAGAAUCGCAUCCAGAACUUCAAAAAUAAGGGCAAAGACCAAGAUGAGAUGCGACGGCGCCGCAACGAGGUCACGGUCGAGCUCCGCAAGAACAAGAGAGAGGAGACGCUCCAGAAGCGGCGCAACGUGCCCGUCGUGGACUCCACGGACGAAGACGACAUCGAGAAGAGCCUCUCGAGCACCAACCUCGAGGAGCUGGUGGCGCAGGCGUCCAUGGUGGACAACCCGGCGCUCCAGCUCAUGGCCAUCCAGACCGCGCGGAAGCUGCUCUCCUCGGACAGGAAUCCCCCGAUAGAUGCGCUCAUCGUCAGCGGGAUCCUGCCCAUCCUCGUCAUGUGUCUGGAGCGGUACGACGAGCCCUCGCUGCAGUUCGAGUCGGCAUGGGCGCUGACGAACAUCGCGUCGGGGACGUCGGCGCAGACCAACCGGGUGGUCCAGGCGGGGGCGGUGCCGCUCUUCCUCAAGCUGCUGCACUCGCCGCAGCAGAACGUGUGCGAACAGGCGGUGUGGGCGCUGGGCAACAUCAUCGGGGAUGGGCCCCAGCUGAGGGACUACGUUAUUGAGCUAGGUGUUGUUAAUCCGCUGCUUUCGUUUAUUAAACCUGACGUACCCAUCUCGUUCUUGAGGAAUGUCACAUGGGUUAUUGUUAACUUGUGUAGGAACAAGGAUCCGCCGCCGCCUAUACAGACUAUUAGGGAGUUGUUACCGGCUUUGAACGCGCUUAUUCAUCACACAGAUAUCAAUAUCUUGGUGGACACAGUAUGGGCAUUAAGCUACCUCACCGACGGCGGCAACGAGCAAAUCCAGAUGGUGAUCGACAGCGGCGUCGUGCCCAAGCUCAUCCCGCUCCUCAGCCACAAGGAGGUGAAAGUGCAGACCGCCGCCCUGCGCGCCGUGGGCAACAUCGUCACGGGCACCGACGAGCAGACCCAGGUCGUGCUCAACUGCGACGCCCUCUCGCACUUCCCCGCCCUGCUCUCCCACCCCAAAGAGAAAAUCUGCAAGGAGGCGGUCUGGUUCCUGUCGAACAUCACCGCCGGCAACCAGAUGCAGGUGCAGGCGGUGAUCGACGCCGGCUUGCUGCCCAAGAUUAUCAACAAUCUGAGCAAGGGCGACUUCCAGACGCAGAAAGAGGCGGCUUGGGCCAUCAGCAACCUGACGAUCGGCGGGAAUAAGGAGCAGGUGGCGACCCUGAUCCGGGAGGGCGUGAUUCCGCCGUUCUGCGACCUGCUGAACUGCAAGGACGCGCAGGUCAUCCAGGUGGUCCUCGACGGGAUCAACAACAUGCUGAAGAUGGCGGGGGCGGAAGUGGAGCAAUUGUGUACGAUGAUCGAGGAGUGCAAUGGGUUGGACAAGAUCGAGCUGCUGCAGAAUCAUGACAAUAUCGAGAUUUACAAAAUUGCGUAUGAUAUCAUCGAGCAGUACUUCAGCGGAGACGCUGACGACGAUCCGAAUCUGGCGCCCACCGCCGGUGAGACCGGCUUCCACUUCGAUCCCAACACGAACGUACCGAACGAGGGGUUCAAAUUUUGAUCGGUUCUAUUGCUCAGAGUAACAGUUUUGAUCUAGCGCGUUUGCUUCCUUUCCCUUGUUUUGUCCCGGAUUAUGUACGCUCAUUUUGACUGUUUGUGUACAUAUAGAAUUUUUUAUAAAUAACUGCACGUGAUUCCGGCAGGAUAUUUAUUUAAUUUAAAGAGGACCGACGGCACGUCAGGUCGUGGAACGGUUUUAUUUUUUUACGCGUAAAAUUUAAAUUAGGUAAAUAUCGGGGAUCGAAAUGACCGUACAUAAGGAAAAUCUGAGCAUGGUCGUGCAAUCAAAACAAUAUGGAUUUAACAAAAUUUUAACGGGGGCGUCAUGCACAGAUUUUUUGUAUAUUUUAUGAUAUUAACGUUUUUUGGUAAACAUCAUGAAUAUUUACAUGGUUUUUUUAGUUUUACAUUUUGUUGCCGGUAGCAAUAUACAUAAUGUUUAUCGAAAAGGAGGAUACAUUUAGGAUACAAUGAAAUUUUAAUUGACUGGUCAUCUUUAAUUAAUAUUAAUAAGCUAUUAUGUAAUAAAAAUUAUAGUUUCUUGCUUACCAUUGUACUAUGGUAGUUAAUCGUUUUAAGUAAAAUAUAAUUUAAAAUAAAGCGAUUCUUCUUU